UUUCAAAAGUGUCUCCAAAACAUGUUUUUGGUUAUUUAAAACGAAAAAUACAGACUAAUUCACCGAGCCGCAGCCCCCAAUAUCGAGAGCCUCAACAACCCGUGGUCGCACUCUUUACUAACCCACCGCUCCGUUCACAGAAAAUGGAAGACGACGAAAACGACCCGACCGAAAACGAAGAAGUCAAAUCUACAGCUGUCGUGAAAUAUUCCGUUCCAAAUCCCGCAAAGUACUUGAAACUUAAGUGUAACACCGAUUUAAAUUUGCCCCCGUCGAACUGGUUGAGUAGUUCGGCGGAUUCGUACGGGCUGCAGCAUGUUUUGUACCACCGCAAAGGUUUCUCGAGUUUCCGCAUGGCGCACAUGUUCCCGGACUGCGUCGGCGAAGUCGACGUGGUGUCGGACGCCGAAAACAUCAAAAACUUGCUGAAGCUACCAUACUCCAAAGCACACAUCAGCAUGCUUGUGCAUAGGGUUGAAAACACCCUCCUUCUGGACGACUUUGACAUUUACAAACACUUAUUGAAGACUUCGGAGACUGAGUGGAAGUGGCUGAAGGAGUUUUUGUAUGACGCCGUCAACCACGAGACCGUCGCUUCGGAUAAAAAUUUAUAUACGAAAAGUCGGCGCCGGGAAGCUUUGCAAAAAAAGAGUCUAGUGUCCAAGUUUUUGUACCACAGUUUAGUCGAGGGUGACGUUAAGGACUCACCAUUUGAGGCUCAAGGCACGUUGCCGAUACCUUUACAUGGACCCCCGUUACCUGAAGCCGUGUCUGCAACCCCCGAUCCGUCGCCCUUUGACCACAAUUACAACAGGAACGUCGUGUGGACCUUUGAAGACAUUGAAAUGUUGAUUGGUACGGACUUGCCGAUUUUCGGGGGCGGGACUCACCCGUGCAUUUCGCUGCGCCUGCGUGACGUCAGCAAACCAAUUAACGUGCUAACGGGGAUUGACUAUUGGUUGGACAAUCUCAUGUCCAAUGUACCUGAGGUGGUGAUGUGUUACCACCUCAAGGGGAUCGUCCAAAAGUACGAAUUAAUCAAAACUGAAGACUUGCCCCGGUUGGAUAAUUCCAAGUUUUCGCCUAAACUAAUCCGGGACGUCGCUCAAAGCAUUUUAUCAUUCCUGAAAUCGAACGCCACUAAAGCUGGUCACACGUAUUGGUUGUUUAAGGGUAAAAACGAAGAUGUUGUAAAAUUGUACGAUUUGACGUCAUUGUGUUCGGAGAAGGAGGACGUGAAGAACCCGUUUACCAUCCCUGUGGGGAUGCUCCUAUACAGGGUGGCGCGCAACAUGAAACAUACGUCUGAUCGCCAACCCGGUACUAUUCGAAUGUUGUUAAAAAACUCAAUCAAAUUGUUGCCUGAGGGCGAAUAUCCCGAAAUCGUUACAUCGUCGCACUAUAUGUUAUCAGAUUUGUACGUUCCCGCGGGAACCAACCCCGAAAGUCCCGGUUUAGAACAAAUGGAAGUGGACGACGAAAGCAUGAUGUACGACGACGAUGAAGACCUCCUCGACAGCGAUAAGGAUCCAGGGAUGAAGGUUUUAGUUUUGGACCCAAAUGGGUGUGUCCAAAAAUUUAAAAACCACUACAGGAGUCCUCCACCCAUCAACGGGACGGUCGAAGAACGGUGUCUGCAAGCCUUACAACACGUCGCUUUAGGGUUGAAGUGUUUGAAACACUUUCAACAAACCAAAGAGACUUCAAAGCAACAAGAAGAGGAAGUUUUGUUUGCCAAACCGUUCGAACCGAUUCCGAUGCCGUACGGGACUUUAAACGAAACGAACGACGCUCAAAAGAAAAAGAAAAACAAAGAAAAGAAGAAAAAGGAGAAGAUUGGGGAUAAAACAGACAGCGCUUUGUUGUUGAAAAAUAGCAACGAAGCGCAGACUUGGCAGAACCAACAAAGUAGUAACAUUUCGUGGAAAGAUCACUUGAAAACUUUGCUUUAUGAAAAGGCGGUUUUGGUCUACGCGACGCUGUCUGAGCAACAUUUCGUAUCAGGUUGUUAUGGUAACAGUUUGAGAACUAUAGGUUUGUUGGCGAGGUGCCAACUCAUCAUGAACAAACUCCUCUACAACUAUCACGGUUUGGAAGAAAAUUGUCUCCUGGGUCGAGCUGGUGACUGCUGCAUUAUGAUGGUCCAACACUGGGAUAAAGUCGACCCUUAUAGACAACAAUUCCAAGCGAACACUGAAGAAGAUCUAAAAAUGUUGGGACAUCUGGAAAAAGACGAACAAUCAUAUAACGUUAGUAUCGGCGAAUCGAAUAUGAAAGUCGUUUUUAUUUACGACAUACGAACGAUCGAGCAGAUGUUGCUUAAGGGGGUGGAGUGCUACGACGAAGCUCUGAAAUCGUGCGAAAACGAAAGCAUUCUGCGCCGACUGGGUAACAGCUUGAACGAAGUGGCCUCUUUUUACUUAAACAAAGCCAAGUCUGCGUCGGACGUGACUGAAGAAAUGUGCAACAAAGCGGAAGCGUACUUAAUCAAGGGACUUAACGUCUUUGAGAAAGUUAAAGAUGAUGCUAAUAUAGCGCUGCUGUAUACGAACAUGGGGCACCUGCAUAGGUUGCUCGCGCAUGCCAACACUCCACAAAAUCGGGGGGAGUUGAGCCAGAAGGAGAAACUACACUACAACAAGGCGUUCAUUAAUUAUAAAAAAGCGUUACAGGUUUUGGGGGAGAGGAAACAUUGUCCGGGGAUUUGGGACGCGGUGAGGUGGGAACUGUCGACGGCGUUCUUCAAUAUGGGGACGAUCAUGCACGAGAACCCGCCGUCGAACAUAACGAAAACCGAAGCUGAGAGACAAGUCAUAGAAGUGCUGCAGAAGGCUCUGCAGUACUGCGAUUUCGACGAAGCCAAUCCGAAAUUUCCGUUGUACCAGUACAGGGCCGCUAUGAUCCACUAUCGCAUUGGUUGUCUGUACCAUAGCCAUAUUUGGAUGUCCGGGAACGACUCCGCUAACCGGAAAAACGUGAUCCAGUUGGCGAAAAUCAACUACGAAAAAGCUUCCAAGUACUACCUGCUCUCUCUAGACGUAAUCAGCUACUUCACUUCACAGAUGCAACGAGUGGCUUUGUCUGAGUACUUAGCAGACACCGCCAAUGCACUCAACGUCAAAAUCAAGCACCUGCAAUACUGUUUGGAUAUUUUUAUCGAGAUUAACGACAUGAUGAGACUGAUCGACGAGAAAAAAGUCGACGUUCCUGAAGGCGAAGACGAAGAGAACGAAACUAAGGGUUUCAAGACUUGCUUGUCGCUCCUGAACUUGAUAAAGCAACGACUACAACACGUCCUAAAAAUAUUGGUCAAGUUGUGCUUAACGAAGCCGUCGCCGAGCAAAGACUGUCCGAGAUUAGCCGAGAUUUACAAAUAUUGCUAUAUGUUGUCGCUGAGUUUACAAGACGGCGUCAAAUGUGAUGAGCUUAUGAAUAAACUGCACCUUGUCAUCACCCAGAUCGGGGACAAAGUAGCAGAGAAAAAAUUGGAUUAACUGUGUGUAAAGUUCGUUCUAAGCCUAAAAGUUUUAAGUUUAAUGUUACAACCACGUGCGGAGUUUGACACGUGGUCAUAUUAAAACUGUUUGUUCGAAGUUUCAGUUUGUCUUUACUGUUUUAUAGAUCUCGAAUUUUCAAGAUGUUCAUUUAACUUUUCCACUUGUUGCGUUCGAAUUAAACACAAAUGGUGGAGCGAUGCGAUGAAAAUCUUAUGGUUGAUCCAAUCAGCAUGUCUGUGAUAGAUCAAUGUAUUUAUAUAAAUAUUUUUAAGUGUUUGUUUUUCUAUUUCUAAUAAACUAUCUAUUAUCAAAA